AUGAUGGAAUUUCUAUUUGGUCGUAAGCCCACAAAGGAACCGAAGCCAGGGGAUCGGGUGGUGCCACUGCACUUCUUUGAGAACAGUCUAUUGGUGCAGGGGAACAACAUGGCCGUGUCCCUCGUGUUCGAUGCCGUGCUUUCUCCACAGAAGCUGCGGGACUCACUCGAAGGAUUGGUAAAGAAGGAGGGAUGGCAAAGAUUGGGUGGUCGUCUGAGUAAAAAUUCCUCUGGCGCAAUCGAAUGGCACAUUCCGACCCAGUUCACGGCCGAUAGACCAGCAAUCUCCUUCGCACACGUUGAUUAUGGCAUACCUGCCGCCGAGCACCCAGCAGCCUCCAAGAUACCGAAACCCAGCACCCGUCCAGCAGUCGUGGGUGAUCCGGACGAGUUGGAAAGUCUUGCAUGGGAGUCCGGGUAUAAACCCGGGGGAAUUAGCGACUACGUCGACACCGAUUUGCCUGUCUUAGGACUGCGCGUGAAUUCUUUCACCGACAAGACCAUUGUAGUCUUACAAUGGCAACAUGUUGCCUUCGACGCUCUAGGUCUGCAGUAUGUCGUUGAAGGAUGGAGCUCAAUGCUUUGGAACAGAGAAGAUGAGAUUCCGACACCGUGCGAUUUCAAUAAGGACCCAUUCCACUCUUUUGCGGAUGGGACAAAGCCCGCGACUGAGAAACAUGUUCUCGCAGACAACAAGGUUGGGAUCCCCGGGAUGCUGAAGUGGGGACUGGGGUAUGGGGUUGACAUGUUGAUCCGAGCCAAAGAUAAUCGUAUGGUUUGUGUUCCGGAAUCAUACUGGGCACCACAAUUAGAGAAGGCUUUGGGAGAACUUCGAGAUGAGGCGAUUGAGAAGGGCGAGGAUCCUUCAAAGGUAUUUUUGACGGAGAAUGAUGUUCUGACAGCCUGGAUUUUGCGUUCUGUCGUUGCUGAAAUGGGAAUGAACUCCAACCGAACGGUCGGGGCGUCGAUUGCAAUGUCCCUUCGCAAAGCGUUCGAGGGUGACCUCAUCCCAUCAUCUGCCGAACACCCUUAUGUCGGUAAUGCCUUUGGCUGGGCAAACGUACUCGUUAGCGCAGGCGAUGUUACCACCAAGCCGCUCAGUUGGCUUGCCAGACAGGUCCGACGUGCUAUAAAUGAGCAAGGCACGCGUGCACAGCACGAGGCAUACUAUGCAAUGGUUCGCGAAUCUGGUAUGGGUCUGCCGGUUGUCGUACUCGGUGAUGGCGGUAUGGCCCAGAUUGGGUUCUCCAAUUGGACCAAAGCAGGAUUGUUCGAUCUGGACUUUUCACCCGCUGUCAAGGAGGUGGGGGAGUUCGAGCUACUACCUUGCACGCCUUCGUAUGUGCAAGAGAAUCAUGGCCCAGUGAAACCGGCGGACGGUUUCUUCGUUUUUGGAAAGGACCGGAAGGGAAAUUAUUGGACGUCGGCUUGCAAGGUAAAGGGCCAUUGGGAUAAUAUUGAGGAGCAGUUGAAGAAGGAUUUUGAAGUAGCAUCAUGA